AAUCUGUAUCGAGAAGAAACUCCUGCUUACAAAACCAAAUGGGUGUCCCUUCCCCGAGUGUGGAGCAAGCGUCGAGACUAUUACCGAAGUCACCACAACUGGAACGGAUCUUAGGCGCGAUUCUCAAUCCAGCACUUCGUCAAUAGUUGGGAAGAUGGGAAAGCAACUUAAUAUCCAGUCUCAAGAAAUUAUUGAUGAAGAAAUGCCAGAUGUCGAUAAUGGGGAGGGUAAAGAUAAUCAACUGAGGGAUAAGAGCAUUGUCAUGGUAGAAGGAUUCCAAAAAAGACCCAUCGAAGUUGACACUGAAGAGACAAAUACAAUGCAAGAUACAUCGCCUAUUAAGAAAGCAAAAAAGGAAGUUAAAAAUGAGGAUUCCCAGAUGUUGAAACGACUUAUCAAAGA